CCACUGCGGCCCGCCCAGGGCCUGCCCGCGCCGCCCGGGGCCGGCUCCGCAGCGGCGGCGAUUGCUGCAGCCGCCGCCCGUGCAGUGCCGGCGCCGAUGCCUCCUGCAGCGGCCGCGGGGGGAAGAUGGCGCCGUCCCACGUCCUCAAGUGCUGUCAGAAGGUGCUGGCCUGGGUGCCCGUGGCCUUCAUCGCCCUGGUCGUGGCCUGGUCCUACUACGCCUACGUGGUGGAGCUGUGUGUGUUUACUAUUUCUUCAACUGCAGAAAAAGUUGUGUACCUUGUGAUUUUCCAUCUGUCAUUUGUCAUGUUUGUGUGGUCCUAUGGGAAGACAAUUUUCACAUCUCCUGCAUCCCCCUCCAAUGAGUUCUGCUUAUCAAAAGCUGAUAAAGAACAGUAUGAAAAAGAAGAGAGACCGGAGUCCCAGCAGGAGAUUUUGAAAAGAGCUGCUAAAGACUUGCCUAUCUAUACAACAACAGCAUCAAGAGCCAUCAGAUACUGUGAUCGAUGCCAGCUCAUCAAACCUGACCGCUGCCACCACUGUUCUGCAUGUGACAUAUGCGUACUAAAAAUGGACCACCACUGUCCGUGGGUGAAUAAUUGUGUGGGAUUUUCUAACUACAAAUUCUUCCUCCUGUUUUUAAUGUAUUCCUUACUGUACUGUCUGUUUGUUGCUGCUACAGUCUUGCAGUACUUCAUAAAGUUUUGGACAAAUGAAUUGCCAGAUACCCAUGCAAAAUUCCAUGUACUCUUCCUUUUCUUUGUGGCAGCCAUGUUCUUCAUCAGCAUACUGUCACUCUUCAGCUACCACUGCUGGCUAGUUGGCAAAAACAGAUCAACAAUAGAAACAUUCCGUGCACCCACAUUUCGAAAUGGCCCAGACAAAAACGGCUUUUCUCUUGGAUGCAGCAAAAAUCUGAGGGAGGUUUUUGGAGAUGAAAAGAAGUAUUGGCUGCUCCCUAUUUUCACCAGUUUGGGCGAUGGGUGUAAUUUUCCAACUCGUUUGGUGAUUAUGGAUCCAGAGCAACUAACUGUCUCAAGCCAAAAUGAACCUGCCAAAAGCUCUGGAGCCAAUCAGCCCUUUCCUACUCGACCACUCAGUGAAUCACAAAAUCGAUUGCUAGCCAGUGACAGUCAGUGGGUAGAAAGUGGCCCUGAAGAUGAAAAUGUUAAAUCAGGUACAAAAAAGCAUAUUAUAGUUUCAUUGGAAAGCUGAUCUCAGCUUAUUACUAACCAACCAUCUCAAUGAGAAACAGGUUUCUGCAACACAUUUUGUGCUUGAAUGUUACUUAAUUUUGUUUGAAGAAGUUGAUCAGUAAAAAAUGGAACGUGAGCAUUUUAUGAAGAGACAAGAAAUUCAAGUUUCUGCACAGUCCAGUGGAUUCUUGUAAGCACUAUUGCAGAGCAGGGAAGUUCAGACAGAUGCCUUAAGAUUCUACAUGUGCAUUUAUGCAGCACUGAAUUAUAUACUGCUACCAAAGGGCCAAAUCCUGAAGUGCCCUGCUUGGAUGCACAAGGUCCAGAGUGGGAACUAUGCAUUUCUGUUAUGCUGCAGUGGCAGGGGGGUAGAUCUGCAAAGACUUCUGCCUCCCCACGGGCGAACUUCGUACCUUAGGCACUGCAGAAUUCGCUUCCAUAGCAGGUCUCAAGGGUACAGGAAGAAGAAGAAAAAAGAAUGGAGGAGGAAUCAACCUAGAGUGCGGCUGAUGAGUCUGAAGUACAGCUGUCCGCAGCUCGUACACCAGGUGGUGGGAAAGGAAGGUACUGGAUGACAUGCUCACAGGACUGAGGAUUCCUUCUGCUGACUGUGCUAUGGAACAAGGCAAUGCCAACAAAGUAAAAGCCUUUUACUUGGCAUCGUUUUUUGCUAUAAGAUUGAACACCCUCAUCCUUCUAACUUGACCAUUUAACCAUAUCAAGAACAUAGCUCAAAUAAGUGAACUCUCUUUUAGUUGAUGAAAACAUGGUUGAUUGCUUUUCAACAAUUUCCUAUCAGCAUAUGAGGAGAAACCAAUCGAAAAAGGAAUUAACAAACUGUUACAUUUUUCUGUUAAUGUUUGCAGUGUUCUGUAUGAGGCAGUAACAAAAUGGCAAUGUACCCCUGAGAAAAAUCUUAGUGCAGUCACGUGUCAUUAGAAAAUGGAUCUGGAAGAGUACUGCGUUUUAUAUGGGACUCUUGAUGGUUUAUAAAUACUGUUUUAUACUUUUGUUUUAUCUUUUUAAUAAAAACACAAGUUUUUAUUGGUUCUAAAGUACCAUUUAAACAAACUUCGAGUACUUAUGAGAAAGUUAGUGUUGGAUCAUGCACUUUUGUUAACACACCAAAACUCUGUAUGCUGUCUGCUUUGUCUGCCACUUUCAAGUCGAUUUUAAGUGAUGCUGAACUGCUAAAGAUGAGUGCUUUGUGCAGUGAUGUACCAUGUUCACAAAAGGCAAAACAUGUUUCCUGUGUUGAGGAAUAAAGUCCAACUAAGCUCAAGACCUACAGCAAACAUCAUGGUUUUUCUUUUCCCCCUACUCCUCUCUAGAGAAGACUGUUAAUUCAUCUUUGGGUGUUCCUGGCAUUUUGCGCCUGACAAAAAUGAAAAAUACUGUUCUGUGGUCUGAAGCUUUUCUGGUUUUCAGCUGAUGCUGAUUACAAAUAGUCAUAAGCCUCUUUGAUAGAAUCUGAAGGUGGUAGCUAUGUUGAUGAUCUGAACAAAAGGAACUUGUUUGGUUUCUCUGCCAGACUGAUCACUACUUGUCCCCAUCGUUAAGGUAUUGGAGUUACUUGGAUAUCAAAUAUACUCUAAGGUUUAAAACAAAUAUUUUCUUUGUCUUCGAUGUUUAGGAAAAUGUAUUCUUUCCAGUCUUCUAGAACAGGAACACUUCAGUGACCUAUGAGCAUAUUAUAGUCACUGUCAGAUACUGUUGAGACAGACCUAAAGGUACAAAUCUGCAUGUGGUGUAGAAGUUGCAAAAUGUUCUUCAAAAUUUGUAUGACAAAUUUUGUAUUUGCCAGUUUUCAAAGAAAAAACAUUUGCUAUGCAUUAAUCUGAAAGGUUUAGCUUUUUCUUCUCAAAUGUCAAGUGAAAUGCACUCAUCUAAAUAUAAGCUUUCAGGAAUACUGACACGUUGAACUUAGAAGAGAAUGCAUCAGCAAAAAUUCCUUGGGGAAGAGGAUGGAGACGCAAGACUGAGCUCAGUGUUCUCAUUUUAAAUACCAAAAUGUGCAGCCCAGAGCACUGGGAGAAUUGUAACGGAGGACCCUGGAUAUCAUCUUUCUUUUACUGGAUCACUGUAAUACAGAGGAGGUAACAAACGCAUCUACAGUUGUCUAGCAGAAGUAGAAAGAAUACUGCUCUCUAAUAGGGUAAAUCUCAAAGGGACAACUUCUGUCCUCUUUCCCCUCAAUUCCUCCAGGAGCUUAGUUUACACCUGUGUGAGUGGUGUGUACUGUAGGCUAACAUCAAUAUAACUUGUUUGAUUGCUUAAGUCAAGAUAGUUAAUCUAUAGGAAAAAAAAUGCAAGUAAACUGACUGGGCUGAAUCCAUGUGUGUUUUUUAGCGACGUGGUGUGUGUUUUGGUGGCCUUUCUUCAAGAGCUGAUGUUUCUGACAUCUUUAUGCAGAUCUACAAUACAUUUGGUCCCAGAUUUUUCUCAUGUUUCAGACAACAAAGUAGGAGAGCGGUGUGCUUGCAGUGUUUUGGAGGCCAGAGCUACUGGUGGUGCAAAAGCAGACAUUGCUGAAAAGUCACUUUAACAAAUAUGAAUUGUGGUAAAAUGGCUGAAAUGUGAUUCUUCCAAAUUGACCCUCCUUUUUUUUCAGAGAACUGAUUGCUAAGGGAAACGCUAGGCUGACAGAAAGGAAUUAAGUUCUCUGAAGGAAUUGUAUUGGUCAGCUGUUGAAGUGGUCCUGCAGUGAGUGAGAUGGCGGGUGCUGGGAUUUCCUUGCACGCCCUGGCCAGGGAGGAGGUGUUGUGUCUAAGGCAGGACGACGGCUUCUAGCGUUUCUUUGAGAGUUCUGAUCUGACAGCUCCCUAGCCGUAAGCAAGGGCACCCUGUGGUGUAUCAAAGCAGAGUGGGAUGGUUUCUGGCUUGCUCCCUCUUUUUGCCUAAACGCAACCUUGGUGAGGACAAAAAGCUGUUUGACUGUUGAGCUGCAAGCAGACUGCGCAUCGCUGCUAGCAGGGCUCUGUAGGAGCGCGCCAGGAUGUCCCUUCAGCCCACACCCACGCACUGAGCUGCUGCACGCCGCCAGCAAGAGGUGCAGACCUGCCUGGUCAGGAGGCAAGAAGGGAAGAUGGACAGGGUGCCGGGUCAUGAGGUACAUGCUGUUUCUGUGCUUUAAGCUGCUGUGUGUCAGCAAGUCUUGAAAAUACUUACGUUUGUCCCUAAAAAUAACAGUGCUUAAGCUUUUAAAUCCCUCAAAAUAACUGCUAGCCGUGAGUAGCAUUGUAGUGACGGUAGCACAGUUGACAUUGGCUGCAAUCAGAAGCUAUGCUUUAGUAUUUCUUAAAGCUUUAUUUUCUUGUAUAAAAACCCACUCAACAGUCACAGACGCAAAAUGACUUAAACUCUCAGUGUGAGGCCAGAAUCUUGACGCAGGAUGAGAUUCCAGUGUUUUCUCCUCGAAGAUUCCGAAAUGUCCUAAGUUGAUAAAGCUCUCCCCAUAAAGAUGAAGCAGGCAGAUGCAUAAAUAGAAAGGAAUAGUUUAAACUAUUCUAGAAACCUCGGCUAAUAUUUUUUCCUGAAUAUUGGUUUGUUUACAGACUGUAAAGAUGCACAUAAGUGCUGUUCUUACCAAAUGCGUAUUGCUGGCAGAGGGCAGGCCUGUGUAUUGGUUUCUGUAAUAACUGACGAGUUGGAUGCAUCCUAACCCCUUGACUGGAAACUUCCACUUCAAAUAUUCAGGGGUUUAUAUCAGAGGAAGCUCUGGCACUUUUGGUCAUUGAAUCAGAAAUCAUAGUAACAUCUUUGUUAAACCUACGCUUUGAACAUGGAACGUACGGGUACCAAGCUGCUUUUGGCAUACUAUCUAGAAACUGGGCAUCCAGAGCGUUAAAUGCCACCAUUUCUCAGGUACUGUUUCUUCCCUCAUUUGAUCUUGCGUGGCUUUUCUGUCUUGUAAAUAAUCUUCUGGGGUUUUGGAAGUUUUCAUUAAGUUCAAUGCCAUUCGAAUAUUCACGCACAGUUCUUCAUUCAUUAUAGUUUGAAGUUUGACCACUUGUAGCUCACCAGAGCCCCAAAGGAGGAAAAAAAAACUGUAGCAGGAUUAGCGUCUGUGGCAGAUGUACCAAGAGAUGCAUCAACUCUUGACGCAAAUAAGAAAGAUCUGCCUAGAUCUGGAGCACUGAUUGAUGAAGUUUAUUUAAAAUUAAAAAAAAUAAUAAUAACAUUUUGAGCAUCAUAGUUUACGUUCUGUAGGGAGACUGGCUAAAAUAGGAUUCGGGUAUGCAUUUAAAGAGGCUCCAAAUAGCUAUUCUAACAGUAAGUGCAGAUCAAGAACACAUUUUUCAUACUACUUAAAAAAAAAACAAAAAAAACAGCUGGUAUCUAACAUAAGAGGAUCUAUCUCUAAAUGGCACCAAAGAGAGCAACUGCAUAUAAAGUCAUUUGUUGCAAUACUGAACGCAUAUACUAUGUUCAUUUCUAUCAAUUUAUUUUGUAUAUAUAGACAGCUUUUUAUACGUAUUUUUCUUACUUACAUAACUCAUGAAAUGUAAUGAAAUGAAGUUGUAAUUAGUGCUAAUUCUGAUUAAAACUGGUGUUUCGCCA